AUGGCCGACGACUAUCACAUGCUGGAAGAGUUGGGCAGUGGGAGUUUUGGUGUCGUAUACAAGGCCGUCGAGAAGGCCACUGGUGACCUGGUCGCCAUCAAACACAUCGACCUCGAAGGCAGCGACGACGACAUUCAAGAGAUUCAGCAAGAGAUCGCUCUCUUGAGCACAUGCUCGAGCGAGCACGUAACACGAUACAAGGCCAGCUUUGUGCGCGGCGUCAAACUAUGGAUCGUCAUGGAAUACCUUGGUGGAGGCUCGUGUUUGGAUCUACUCAAAUCCGGCCCCAUCACCGAGGCUCAGAUCGCCAUCAUCAUGCGCGAGCUGCUGCUAGGCCUGGACUACCUGCACAACACGGGCAAAAUCCACAGAGAUAUCAAGGCUGCUAAUGUUCUCCUGUCAAGCUCAGGCAGAGUCAAGAUUGCCGACUUUGGAGUCGCUGCCCAACUGACCAACAUCCAAUCACAGCGUCUGACCUUUGUCGGCACUCCAUUCUGGAUGGCCCCUGAGGUCAUCCAAGAAGCGGGUUACGAUUUCAAAGCAGACAUCUGGAGUCUAGGUAUUACCGCCAUGGAGCUUGCCAACGGCGAACCCCCUCACAGCCAGGUCCAUCCUAUGAAGGUUUUGUUCUUGAUUCCCAAGGAAAAGGCUCCGAGACUCGAAGGCGGCACCUGGAGCAGGGAGUUCAGAGACUUUGUUGCCCUUUGCCUGAACAAGGAUGCCGACACACGACCUACCGCCAAGACUCUUCUCAAACACAAGUUCAUCCAGCGUGCCGGAAGAGUCGAUUCUCUCAAGCUGCUUGUUGACAGAGCUCGCAACCGCAUCGCCAACGAGAAGAAGGAUCGUCUCAGAUACUACGAGCAGACCUUACAUGAGCUCCACGCACCCAACGAAGACGAUGAUUGGGUCUUUGACACCGUCAGACCGGGAACCUACCACUCUCAGACCGUCAAGCCACGCGAUCCUUCACACAUGAUUGCAUGGGACAGCGAAGCCGAAGAUGCCUUUGCCGCCAUGGAAAACCUCGACAUCUCAUCGGGUGCUUCGCCUUCAUACGAUCCCGCUGCCACCAUUCGCACAUCCAAGCAUACCUCCACCUCUCCCUCACAUCAUGCUGAUCCUUCUGCCACAACUCGCAAGGCAAAACAACCUCUGGGACUCGAUAUGUCGUUUGGAAAUGGAGCUUCGACUGUGCGCCAAUUCAAGCGCGUGCCAUCCGGUGGAGCCCGUCCCUCGAGCUCUGGAUCGUCACAGACAGCUGUCGAAGACUCCGAGAACCUGCCCCCUGCCGCUGCCGUAAUGAUGCCCGAUACAAAGGAAGCUAUUCUUGGAAGACGCGCCUACGUAAAGUGUAUUGAUCCAGCACUCCAAGAAUUAUAUGCCUCUACCGCUCCUGGACCCAAGCAGACAGCUCUGGCCAGGAUGGCUGAAGCUUGGAACAUCUUAGAUGAAACAGAUCCUGAGGGCGAAUUGUUGUUGCUCAAAGCAAUCUUCGAGCGAGUCCAGAAGGAUCCUAGACUUGCAGCUCAAGCCCCCAUUGUGACGGAGAAGGAGACCUUGGUCACACCCCCGACCUCACCAUACAAGUCGGAAAUGACUCCUACCGUCCGCUCGAUGCGAAGACAAAGUGCCUUCGUCGACAGCGAACGCGAAAAGAUUCUUCGCACUGCCAUCCUGGAAGACAGAAUGCCUGGCAAAGUCGAGACUGGCCUGGAACACAUCGGCAUGCUGGCAGAUGCCUUGUACGGCCGCUGGAGCGAGGGCUUGCGUAUGCGCUGGCCCAAUGCUUAG